AGCCAAACCCAAACACUGCGGAGCUGCUCCAAGAGGAUGUGCGUAUGCAGUCCUGAGAGCUUGAUCAGUGUGUGCACGAACAACACGUCCCUGGUGAAGACCAUGAAGCCCAAGUCUCUCUGUCUCCCGCGGCUUGGCCUCUUUGAGGACGGCAGAUACAGGCGGCAGGUUGAUACCGGCGCACCGGAGCAGAAUCAGAGAGAGAAACCCAGAGAUCUGCACUUCACUUUACUGUCAGAGAGAUCUCAAUACGAGCCUUUAGUGGAAGAUGACAGCCAACACAAACUAAAGGAGGAAAAGAAAGCAAAAAAGAAAGAAAAGUAUAAAAAAUACAGAAAGAACGUAGGAAAGGCUCUUCGCUACAGUUGGAAAUGUCUCAUGUUGGGUCUGCAGAACUUCACUGUGGGAUAUUCCACUCCUCUUUCUGCUGCAUCUUCAAUUGUCCCAGAUUUCCAUCCGGGAGGAGCCUGGGGUUGAGACAAUCUGUGACCAGCAUUUGUAAUGGACCAUUUAAUCCUGCAUGUCCAAAUGCUUAUUUAAAAAUGGACAAUACAUAUGCCCUGGCCAUGCUUUACCUGUCAUGUAAAUUGUUCAAUUGUUGUACAUAUCUUCUCUUUAAAUUUGUGUUAAAGUGGAGUAUUCAUCUUGCAUUAGUGAUAUACAACUAUAAGAAAAACGUGGAUCUCCUUUUACUCUCAGAUCUAUCUGUAUAUAUUUUGCUUCGAUUGAAAGAAUUUAUAUGAAUUUCUGUACUGAAGUAAUAAAAUGUUUUUGUAUUUUAAAACUAUAAAUUAUUUCAUGCAUAGCUUGCAAUUUUUCUCUUUCACUGUUCAGCAAGUUGCAAGUGAUAUGGUCACCUGAAUUCAUGCUGCAUGUAAUGAUGACAGAGGUGAAAGUGAUUUAGACUUUAACUGGAAGAGAUAUGUGUUUAUGCUCUGUAAAGUGAAUGAAAUUCCCUCUAUAAGGUUUUAUUUGAUGGACAAAAGAUAGGAUUUGCUUGACUUAAGGAAGCUGAAUGCUCUUAGAGAGGAAAGUAGGUGUUUUCAAAUGGUAUUAGGGGCAAGAGCCUUAAAGACAAAGGAUGGGAUUAUGAGAAACCACAACAGGAAAAGACAGUCUGGCAUAGGGCAGAGAAAAGGCUGUGCCUUGACUUGUUUAAUAGGGUUAGUGAAACGGAGUAUCUGUCAAACUUGUAACACCUGUUUAAAAUGAAAUGUGAUGGAAAAACCUUAAUAAAUGAAAAUUCUGAAUUGGA